UAAAGGACAGCAGGUCCAAUACUGAUACCAAUGAGAAUAAAAGUAACAGAAAGUGCCACAACGUGUUGCGCAUGACGCUGAAAGGCAAAUUGAGAAAAUAAUGCAAUUUAUCAAAUCAAUGAAGAGCCAGAGCACAGAUACAGGAGGCUGUCGGAAAAUAAAUGAGUGGAAAAGUGAAGGCCAUCCAACCUGCGAUUAUCACAUUUUAAUCAAAUCAAGUUCAUUUCACAAGAUUUCAAAGUUGUUUAGCUCAGGACCAAUGGCAGGUGGGCCAGCAUCCGCUUCAUCUGCUCCCAAAUGUACCAUUUGUCAAGCAUGGUGAUGGUAGAGUCAUCCUGUGUUUUUUUGUGUGUGUGUUUGUUUUUUAAAGGUACCGAUCCGAUAUUAAUAUCUGUAUCAUUCUCGACAUUGAAAAAAAAAUUCUAACUCGGGUAUAGAUCUUUGCGUAAGGAGAAUGAAGUAGGAAACAAUUUUCUCCCGUGUAAAAUCAUAAUCGUAUUGCGACAAUGUAGCCAUAAGGGCAGAUCUACUUUGCGUAAUUCUAUGCCAUCGAGCAACAUCAUGAGUUAUUAUGUAUUUUACAUUAUAUUUUGAAUUCCUAAUUGCACUUUCUUUGAAAGAAAUUUUGUUGCAGUUUAUUUAUGUCACCAUGUCACAUAUAUAUGUUACAUACUGCAACUUUAAAUGAAGUGUUUCACUUUAUAAAGUGAAACACUUUAUGAAUUAAGCUUUAUAAAGUGUUUCACUAGUAAAAUUCCUGAUAUAAAUGGACUUUUCAACAAUAUUCUAAUUUAUUGAAUGGGUAAAUGUGUAUACACAUACAUCAGUGAGGAGGAGUGGCUCGCGUGGCUCCCACACUGCUGAGAUGUGAAUAAAAUCCGUUCCUUCUGCUUUCUGUUCUGAACAUGUUCAGGUCCUGCUGCGCUCUCUCUGCAAACAUGAAGUUUGUCUGUCUCACCGAUCUUUGCGUAAGGAGAAUGAAGUAGGAAACAAUUUUCUCCCGCGUGAAAUCAUAAACCGUCAGCUGAUUAAGUUAGCCUACAUUAUCAGUCUAACGUAAAGGGGGGUGUCGGUGAUACGGGGGUGACGUCAGGAGCGGGGAGCCGCGGCGCCGCUGAGCGCAGAGCAGGACAGGCAGAAACACCAGCAGUGCCAAGGUGCGCGCGCGUGCCCUCUCUCUCUCUCCCUCUCUCUCUCCCCAAACUCCCUCGCGAGCCAGAGGAGCGGAACCGGGAGCCGAGCGGGAGCGGAAGCGGCGCGGGGCAUGAUGAACAACAGGUCUGUGACUCCGCGGCUCGCCGGGGCCGGAGCCGUGGACCACGAGCUCGUCAUCACCUCCACCUUCGGGACCCUGCUGUCCGUGGUCUACAUCAUCGGCGUGUCCGGGAACGUGUACACGCUCGUGGUGAUGUGCCACUCCAUCCGCUUCGCCACCUCCAUGUACAUCUCCAUCAUCAACCUGGCGCUCGCGGACCUGCUGUACCUGUCCACCAUCCCCUUCGUGGUGUCCACCUACUUCCUGAAGGACUGGUACUUCGGCGACGUGGGCUGCCGCAUCCUCCUCAGCCUGGACCUCCUCACCAUGCACGCGAGCAUCUUCACGCUCACCGUCAUGUGCACGGAGCGCUACCUGGCCGUCACGCAGCCGCUGGACACGGUGCGGCGCUCCAAGAGCUACCGCAAGGCUCUCGCGUGGGGCGUGUGGCUGCUGUCGCUCGUGCUCACCGUGCCCAUGAUGGUCAUGGUGGCGCAGACGACCAAGAAGACGUCGGACGGCGGCGUGAAGAGGAUGUGCGCGCCCACGUGGGCUCCCCUGGCGUACAAGGUGUACGUGACGGUGCUGUUCGGCACCAGCAUCAUGGCGCCGGGCCUCGUCAUCGGCUACCUGUACGUGCGCCUCGCGCGCACCUACCUGGAGUCGCAGCGCAACGCGGCCAUCAGCAGCGGCGGCAGGCGCUCCCCGAAGCAGAAGGUGCUCAUCAUGAUCUUCACCAUCGUGCUGGUGUUCUGGGCGUGCUUCCUGCCCUUCUGGAUCUGGCAGCUGCUGCCGCUGUACCACGCCGAGCCGCUGAGCCUGGCCUCGCAGACGCACACGUGCAUCAACUACCUGGUGGCGAGCCUGACGUACUCCAACAGCUGCAUCAACCCGUUCCUCUACACGCUGCUCACCAAGAACUACCGGGAGUACCUGAAGAACAGGCACAGGAGCUUCUACAAGUACACGUCGUCGUUCAAGCAGCGGCCGCCCAGCCUGCACUCCUGGGGCAAGUCGGCGUCCUCCAGCAACCAGUACGAGUUCAACUCCGAGACGCUGGUGAUGGGGUCGCUCAGGUGACUUCUUUCUUGGAGGAGGUGGGGAAAAAGGCUCCUAGAGACAAGAAGUGCUACAGGCGAGUAUAGUUUUUAUUUUUUAUUACACCGGAUGUUGCUUGGAUACUUUAAAAAGGAGAACGCACCGUGCGUAAAGAGCGCGCAAAGUUUGGCUUUGAUUUUUAGUAAGCAGCUCGCUUAUUAGUAGAACCUCAAGAACUGAAGCCUUUCAGAAAUAUUUAGCUCACUUUAAACUUUUUUAUAUUUGUCCUGUCAAAAAACCCCAAAUCCAAUUCAUUUUAUUAGGUUUUUACGCGAUGUAUCAAUAGACAGUAUAUUGCAGAAAUACGAGAGAGAAAAAAGGCUCAUCUAAAAUUUUCUUUUUGCCAAACAGCUCAAACUCUGUAGUUGGAUUGAGCAUAAGGCAUUUUUGAAGAUUAAUUUCAACUCUUGCCACAUAUUCUCAGUUUGAUUUAUGUCUGGACUUUGACUGGGCCAAUCAGUGCAUGCACCCAUAUGUGCACCGAUUGCAGUUUUCUGGCCAGUUGCCUAUCACUGAUCCUCAAAAAACCUGGCAUGAUUUUGGCAGAUACCAAUUUUUUUUGUCUGAAAUGUUGCUAAAUAUAGCUAGAAAGUUCCUGAUUUGGUGACAGUGGGGUGACUAUGGUUAACUACAAAUGUGCAGACCUGACCUGGUGGACUGGUCAGUCAGUCCAAUGCCUCUCACUGCAGAGCUGAAGAGGACAGUGGUUGAUUUUUAGACCUUUGCUGAUUAGUUGAUAGGAUCGGCCUCACAAAAUGAAGGAAAUGGGGGUCGAUUUGUCGGUGCACCCUCCUUAAAUAUGCUUUUACCUAAAACAAAGUGUCAAACUCAAGGUCCAGGGUCCAAAUCCCCUCAUGGCUUUUUGUGUGGCCCUCUAAACUCCAGAAUUACAGAAAUCAGUCCUUCCAAUUAAAACUGAAUAAAAGUGACUUGGAUUAAAAGUCAAGCUGUUCCAUGCAGGACAUAUGGUUUACCACCCAGGGCAGCAUGACGGAGAGAAAAAUUGUCGGCUUUCAGUUGUGUCCCAAACUGGUGUCACGGUAGAUUGUUUUUAUUUCUUUUAUUAUUUUAUCACUGUGCACGGGAAACAUGAAUCGGGAAAAGUAGCCAAAAGCUCUAAAAUAUCCUGUGUUUGAAUGACAAAGUCCAAUCACAGUCCUACGCCUUUCACAGGUUUUUAUUUUUUUCAUGUGUAAAUAUCAAAAACUUUAUAUACAUUUUCUCCCACUUCGCAGUAUUGUACCUCGGAGCAUUAGGCUAUGAAUUUUGAAGUCGAAACAUGAACAAAUAAACGGUUCCAAAACAUGUAAACUGUCAUCAGCUCUAUUUUCUUAAUCCUCACCUAUGAAUCAGACUUAUGACAUCAUUCAUAAGACUAAUAAAAGCAAAAACAAAUUUAUAUCCCUUAUAAUAAAACAACUGGGUGAAAGCUAGAUGACCCUUUAAGGACAAGCAUUAAGGCUGCAGACAGAAACUUAACUACAUUGUGGAGGUAAAACCGUAUUUAAAUCCAUCUAAUGUAGGAUCUACACAGUUUAAUCCAGGACUGGUUUAAAGCUCAUCUUGGUGGUGAACGAGAUAAAAGUGACUGUCAAAUGAAAUAAUUAGCAAAAAUCAUUGUUUACCCCCGAGUUCAACCGAAGAGCCAAAGAAACAAAUCCAAUCGUUUCUGCAUGAACCUUUUGCAGCUGUGUUUCACCUCGUGGUUGCUCAGCUCUUCAACUCUUAAAAACAAAAAUCGACUAAAACUUUACCUGUGGUUAACGCGCUGCAUUUAAAAACCCACAAAGAUUUGAUUAGUUUGAACAUUCUCCCAGCAGGCAUCAGGAUUCAUGAGGGGCUUUGCAUUAUUGACUCACAAUAACAUGACGUGUGUGUGUGUGUGUGUGUGUGUGUGUGCGCGUGCGUGCGUGUGUGGAAGGUGUUGUGUGAUUGAUGGAUGUGACUAAAGAGGUGAGGAGGACUGCAGCGGUUGAUGCGGUGUAGGUGUGAAUCUGGAAUCCGUCCCGUCCUUCUGGGAUCAUCUGAGCUCGUAAACUUGUCGCAAGUAGUUUUCUGUUCCUGGGUUGACCAGCUGAUGGCUGGACAGCCUGGAAUCACAACGUCCUCCAAAGACCCAGGAGGUCAGAAAUCCGUCCCAAGGUCGGGUUCAUUUACCACAACAUAGUUGGGUUACGAGUUUGACCUGGUUAGGUUUUUAACCCAAAACCUUUGUUGAAGUUACUAAUUCCUGCAAAUAGCAAAGGCUACUCGACACGCUAUUGGCUGGCAUUUGCAGAGCAGCCAAUCCAGGAACACCGUUCAUCUUCCUUGCCGCUGAUUGAUUGCAUCCCCAAGAGUGGGGAUAAUGAAGCCUGUGGACAUUAGCUUCUGCAUUAGCGCCAAGACGGUUGUGUAUUAAUGCAUAUUAAGGUGUAUUUUGUGUUUGAACUAUUGAAACAAGCAGGUAUAAGUGAUUUUAGAAGGGGGAGGUUCUAGAUCAGUGUUUCUCAACCCUGGUCCUCACCGCCCCCCUGCUCUGCAUGCAGUGCAUCCAAAACAUCUCUAUUGUACCUCUAUUCCAGGUACAUUCCUGGAAUAGAGGAAUGUAUUCCAGAACAGCUGAUUCAAAUGAUUGCAUGACCACCAAGUAUUGCAGAAGUCUGUUAAUCAUCCAGAGAUACAAUUCAGGUGUGUGGCAGAAGGGUCAAACCUAAAACAUACAGGACAGGGGGGCGGUGAGGACCAGAGUUGAGAAACACUGCUCUAGAUGUUGCGGUUGUGGUCGUUAACCCGUGUGAACACCGGGCCUCCACCGAAAACGUCUCUUUAAUCUAAAGAUCCUUUAGAUUACAGACAAAAGGAGUUUCAAGAGUUCACAACUGACAAACUGUUGCUAGUGUAUGCAAGCUUAGCUUAACAAGUUUAAGUGUAUAAAAGAAUACAGUGAAAAAGCUUAGCUUAACAAGUUUAAGUGUAUAAAAGAAUACAGUGAAAAACAUCUGGAUGAGGCAUGCAGAAACACAACUCGUGGCUUCUGAGAGGGAAAAAACACGGACGGUGGACAGARGGAAAUGGAGGACAUGGUGAUGCAUGUCUGGACACGUCUGCCGUGGUCCUCACACCCAGCAAUGAGACAAGGAAAGCAUCACAUUUUCUCUCAUUAUGAAAAUGAUUUGAAUGCAAUCCUGAGCUGUGACAUUUUCAAGCCAAUGUCCCAGCAGGGGACCGGCGGAGGAGGGGGAACGUUUCGGACGGUAUGGUAUAUGUGUGCAGACUCAUGCAUAAAUUCAUUGGAGCCAAUUUCUCCGUGGUACACAAUGUCAGAGAAGACGGGAAGUGAUCCGACUCCUUUUGUACGUCAAGAUUCAUGAAAAAUUCGGGGCUGUUUUUGUAGGAGGUUGUUGAUGUUUCUCCUGAGUCCCAAAAAAUGUCCUCAUCCUCUGAGCUCACGUCAUUUAUUAAAUAUGACUGACUUUAACUCAUAAAUAAUAGCACAAAGACUAUAAACGUACUCAAGACUAAUGUGGCCAACAGCUGGUUCUACCCACUCAAACAAAAUAAACAUACCAUUCCCCCCAGAAAAUGACCUAAUCUCCAAUCACUAGUCAGGAAUUUGAUCUAUUAUUAAAUGUUCUGGUUGGAUUUGUAAGCAAAAUGGACCAAAAAAAAAAAAAUCACACCACCACGUGGCCAUUUUAUGGAGAUGAGAUGCAAUAUAAACAUUCACAGCCAUGUAAAAAGUAAAUACACCACAUUUCACUUCAAAACCUUCAGUAUUCUGACCAAGAAUACUGAAAAGGUCUAAACAAAAACUUUUAAUCACAGAUUCUCUUGAGGGUGCAUUCACACCAGCCCYGUUUAGUCCACUUUAGUCGAACUCCAGUCUUAAAAGUCUGGUUAGUUUGGGGAGGUGUGAAUCGAACUGGGAGCCGGACCGAAACAGCAAAUUCUGAUCCAGCUAAAAACCUUUUUUUUUUUAUAUAUUGCAUGAAAUUUGGUCUUGAAUUCCAAGUGAUUAUCAGCCAAAUAUUCAACACACUUAUCUCUAAAUCGCCAACUGAUCUGUGUGUUGGUGUAUUAAUGUGUGCGUUUGUGAUGGCYAUUGGGUGAAUGUGGCUGWAAUGUGCUCUGAGUGGAAAACUCACCGUAUGAAUUCAAUUCAUUUACUAUUUAAACUCCCUGGGCAGACAGGGCCUGUUUUGGCCGCUGCUGCCAAGAGAGACGAGGCCGAGAGGCCCUGAUGAUGGAACCUGGCCAAGAAUCCCAAACUGGUUCCAAAAAAAGUAAAUAACACCUGAUCCAAAAUAGAAGUACUCCUUCUCCUGUACUUUGAUGAGGUCGUUUUCUGACACCCCAACCUCUGGGCCUUCCUCCGUUUGGACCACUCGUUAAUUCUUCAAAACCUCCGCUCCUGGCAGGUACGUAAAAAUCCAAAUUAUGUGCGUAAACUGAGUAUUCUCUUCCAGAGAAAGAAAGACUCACUUAAAUCUGUAUCAGGKGAAGAAUACCUCAACCUUAUUCCUCCAACUCUUUCAAAGUUCCCUUGUUUAUUUUCCCUUAGCRUUUAAGUAYAGAACAUACAAAGAAAUAUGUCUUUGUAUGUGUCUGUAYGUUGCAGCCAGCAGCUUAUUUGGCACGAUUCUAGGUUUCAACUUCCAACAGGAACAAGGCUAAUUUAGGUACAAACUCUGUGAAAAUUGAGUUUACUCGCUGCUGGUUUUCUCUUUCAAGGAAGGAAGGAAUAAUCUGGUUACUUUAGUUCAUCAAAUCCUGCUGCUGCCAAAAAAACUUCAUUUCURGUGUCCAAACAAGAUCCAAAGGAUAAAAAGACUGGGGCAGCUCAUUUACCACAUUGGUAUGCAAUAUUGCACUGCUAUUUGACUAUGAAAACAUUUCAAAUUGCCGUUAUAAAAGUUGAKAAAUUAAACUGCCUUUGUCUCUAGAGGUCAUGAACGUCACUAAAACUCGCAAUCCCCCCAUUUUUGAUGCUUUAUUAGGCAUUUYGUGCAUAAACUCUCAGCUGCUGGUUGUUUGGUCUUUGUUUUAAUUUUUCGGGCCGGGCUUCAUGAGGCUGUAAUUGAGCUGGCAGUGUGUCCCUGUGGACCACAGCAGUUUGACCAGCUGCUCCUUCGUUAACACCAGUGUCACUGAAAAGUCCACUCUGACUACGGACUCUGGCUAUUUCUAGAUCCACUAAGGUUUUCUGAAAUGCCAAUGAAGUCACUGUGGGAACCUGCCCAACCACUUCCAGCAAAGGAAGACUGCGGUGGUGAUGACGGACCGACAUCCCCAAGUGAGUCUAACUGAGCUGAAUAAUGUGAAGAGGUGAUUCAUUAUUAUAGCACAAACAAACCUUCAAUCAASUAUUUAUAUGGUUAUUUUUCUCAGCAGCUAUGUUGACAAAACUACUGUACUCUUCAAACGCCAAGUCAAGCCUCAAUUCACAGUGUUUCCAAGUGGCUAAAAAGCUAGCCUAUGAUGCUAGUCUAGCACUUUAGCUGGCUUUAGCUUUGCACAAGGGUAAAAAAAAAUUAUGACUCAAUAAUUUGCCUUCUGAGAUAUUUUAGUGUCAUUUCAGGUAAUUUAUUUGCAGAGAGCUUACAGAGAAGUUCUCCAGUUUCAUAAACGUCAGUGAUGAGUUUGUCCUGCUCUUCCUCCCCUAACCACAUUACCACUGGCCAUAAAAUUGUGCRAAAUGGAAUUAUGAAAAUAAAUUUGCUUACUGGAAACAAUAAAAAAAAAAUUGCACUAAGAUGAGGUGUUUUCUCAAAAGUGAUWUUGAGAAAAAAUAAAUUCUUGCCAAAAGUCCCCCAUCGUCCCUUAAAAAAACUCUUGGCAAAAAAACUCAUUUUAGGCAGGUGAUAAUAUUUAAGGCCAACUCACAUUCUUUUUAAUGAAUUUCAGGCAUUUUAAGGCCUCAACGUUAGAAGCAUGAAUUUAAGACUCUUUUAGGAUGCGCYGACAUCCUGCACUUCUCCCAGCACUAACAGGGCAAGCUCUAGUAUCAAUGUGUAGCUAAUGAACAUGCCUCGCCUGUGAAACAAGACGAGGAGAACUUACAACUUGCUUUAUUCUCCUUUGCCUGCUCUUCACUUGUGCUGGGGCAAUUAGCACGGAGUGACAGAGAGGGCUGGUGGUCCGCUGAGUCACACUCUGCCGAGUGGAGCCCAACGCRAAUCCUUUCAAAGUCUGGGGCAAASCUGGUCUCUACGGUACGCUCAACAUCUGAGGGUGCUCUUUUUUUCURAAGUUGUACCAGCGCAGUCAUUGAUGCAGACAAUAAAGAUGAUGGUAUAAGUCAGGAGAAGGAAGGUCCAAACCUUCCUAGAACCAGACAUGUCAGUUCAUACGAUGCUACGCCAGAAAAGCUUAGGAAGCCUGCCUUGAGAAGAUCAAGAGCGACUUUGAACAUGACAGCUGUGUGAGGCCUGGUGUUACCUGAGCUUGUGAACUUAACUUUGGUAAAAUACUUUAAAAUUAGAUGUCAGACACCUCAUAUAAAUUGAGGCUCUUAUAAAACACCAUCACAAACUAAUCACUAUGCUUCUGUCGUGUACAUUAUAUGCAUCAGAUGGGAAAACUUGCACUUCACGCUUCGUUUCCUCUGCAUCAGAAUUGCAUUUGCAGCAAAGCAGUGAUAAGUUCUUUGCUUAUAGCUUUUAGUCUUCAAAUGUGCUCAUAUAAUUGUUGUUUUUCAUACAGUUACAACUCGGAGGUAUCCCAGUUUUCCUGUUUCGGUGUCGAGGUUCACRUAUUUGCAAAACGAGACGCAACACACGAACGAGCAAACAGCAAUCACUUUYGAAAUGUCUGAGCCAAAGCGAGCGUCCAAUACUCAGGAGGAGUGAGUAAAAACCUGAGCUCGGAAAGCGUACACACCRAACUUUGACAGACGUCAUCAAAGUGAAAUAGAGUUUCAAUGAGCGACUCUAAAAGCAAUCCACACAAUCUAUUAAGAAUAAAAAGGGAAUGGAAACAAAGGAUUGGCUGCAGGAGCUGUGCGGAAAAUAAGAAAGCCAAGGAAGAUGACUCCUCACACCGAUCAUCAAUCAAGCAAUUUCCUGGAGUGGCUCCCAAGGUGCGGAUAAGAAUGGAGGCAUACGCACGUGUCAUCUCGGCUGAUUUUUAUAAAUACAAAGUGUUCACUCAAGUGUUAUGGCUUCAUAAUUGCUGAAAGAAAACAGGACAUUACAUCUGUGUGCUAAAACGAGGCAUUGGCACAUGGAGUUCACGAAGUUCAAUCAAACGAGAAAAAAAAACAAACGACAAAAACCUUGGCACAAGGAGAAAGAGAUGUGACCCUGAGAGUCUGAAGAUUUGCAUCUGUAACCCGGUUUCAUUUUGAGCAGAACGUUCAAAAAGUUCAGAACGAUCAGAAACGUYCAUGAACCCAAACAACUGAAACGGGAACAACCAGAACCGUUGGAAGACGUAACGGAGGAGAAAAAAGCAACUGCUCCCAAUUUUUCCUUUGCGUUUGUUGAUUUAACAGUUUGUUGUAUAAGACAAAGAUAAUCUGAGUAAAAGCCCAAAAAAAAAAAA